AUGAAUCAUACCACCGUGAGAGAGUUCAUCCUUCUGGGACUCACCGAUGACCACCGCUUGCAGGUCUUCCUCUUCCUGUUUCUCCUAAUGACCUUCUCCUUGACUGUAACAGGCAACCUUGUCAUCAUCACAAUCACCCUGGUGGAUCGUCGCCUCUGCACUGCCAUGUACUUCUUCAUCAGGAACUUUGCCCUCUUGGAAAUCUUCUUUUCCUCCACCAUCAUGCCCAGGUUCCUUUACAGUCUCCUGAAGGGUUGGAAAGCAAUUCCCUUUGCCAGCUGUUUGCUUCAGAAUUUUUUCUUUUUCUUUCUGGGCACUUGUGUGUUUUUCCAUGUGGCUAUGAUGUCCUUUGACCGCUACUUGGCCAUUUGCUACCCCCUGCAAUAUGCCACCAUCAUGAACAGCAGAACCUGUCUCCUACUGGUGCUGGGCUGCUGGGUAGUGAGUUUUGUCCUGAUGUUUCCUCCAGGUGUUAUUUUUGCCCAGUUGCCAUUUUGUGGCCCCAAUGUUAUAAAUCAUUUCUAUUGUGAUGCUCCCCCACUGCUCCAACUUGUCUGUGCAGACACAAGAAAUAUGGAAUUAAUGUGCAUCAUUACAGCUGUCAUUACCCUACUCAGUACCUUAACAGUAACCUUUGUUUCCUAUAGUCGUAUCAUUUCUACCAUUCUGCACAUGCCCUCUUCCACCAGCAGGAAAAGAGCCUUCUCCACCUGCUCCGCUCACCUCAUGGUGGUUGUCAUUUUGUAUGGCACCUCCAUCUUCAGGUACAUUCGACCAACUCAGCGGGGUGGCCAGAAGUUUGACAAAAACAUUUCACUUUUUUAUACAGUGGUGACCCAAGUCUUUAAUCCUUACAUCUACUCACUGAGGAACAAGCAGGUGAAAGAGGCCCUGAAAGAUGCCUGGAAUAGGAAGUUUUCUAAAAUGCAGCUUUCAUAA